AUGUCCCAAGACGUUGGAGGCAGCACUUACCGCCGCUACAAGGAGGAUACCAACACCUUCACGGCGUGGCUUUCCCGCGCUGCAAAGGCUUGCGGUUGGAAACCAACCCAAAAGCCCACCGAGAUCCUCUCAAUGCCGAUCGUAAAUGCUGUGAGCCUUAAACCAAAGGGGCCCAGAUUGAAGGGAAAGGCGCGAAAGGAGGCAAAGGAGUCGGCCAAAGCCGCGCCAGCGAUGCAGAUUAGCCCGCCAUUGACAGACUCGACGCAGUCGACGCUGAAGUACACUCUCACCACUCAAGACAUACUUGUCCAAGCUGAAAUGGUUGCGCAUUCGGCCAGACGGAAGCAGUCAAUGCCGGAUAGUAUCCGCAUAGCUCUUCAACGUGCCAUCAGCGCUCGUGAAAGAUGUGCUGCUUGGUUUGAAAAGACCAUGUCGAGUUCGCAGGAAUCCCGAGAGAGCCACCGUCAUUUCAUCGACAUUCUUAAAGCUGCUUCGGAUCUGCUCAAAGGUACCAUGCAGGACCAACCUGGGACUGUUACCACCAAAGAACCGGUACAGAGACCUGAUUCCAGCGAAACCAGGGAAGAGAAGGACAUGAAGUUCAUGGCGAACAUGUUUGCAGCACUUGAGGUCGAGGAUGUUCCGGAAGACGACUACGAUGAUGACGCAUUAACGCCAUCUCAACCGUCACACGAUUCAACCCCCAAGAGGUGUCUCUACGAGCUUGGCACAGUGGACAAAUGGGAGCUCGAUUUUGCCAUCUAUUCGUUAUUUGAGGACCUCCACCGCUUACGAGAGGAAAUGCGUAGG